AUGGCGAAAGAUUCCCAUACAUUGCGAAAAGGUGCUGUCAUCACCAAAGCCCAUAACCUGAAAGGUGAACUGCCUGAAGGGAGCAUGAAACCUUUGGCAACAACCAUUCGUUUCGUCAUGCUGAAAUGCCGAACACUAACAAGUGAAUUACAACAAGCCGCCCUGUCUAGGCUUCUGCGCUAUCUCUUUGUGCCGUUUGCUGCACUGCAGGAAACACGCAUGAGAAUCGGCCCGUCAUCAGCAUCGAAAAUUACACUAUAUACUACGACUUUGAAUCCGCUUUCGACUCGUCUUCUCAACGCGCUCCGCGCCGAUGGAGUACCAGGAAAGUUCGUUCGCUUGCUUGAUGAGAUGAAUCAACGAACAACUGCUGCAGUUCGAACACCGUUUCAGGUGGUAAAAGGAGCAAGACAAGGGUUAGUGGCAGAACCCCUCCUUUUCAAUUUUGCAUCCUCAACAUCAUGCGGAGAACAGCCGAUCAGUGUUCUGCCGACAUCAUGUUGCCAUUUGACAGAUCUCGAGUACGCCGUCGAUGUUCUUAUAUUCGCAGAAAGCAGUACGAAACUCCAGUAUGUUGUCAACCUUGCAUCAAAGCUGGCUGCAGCCUAUGAACUACGUCUACGCCCUAAUAAAUGCAAGCAGAUGCUCUCGGAGAAGAUCGAGAAAGUUGGGCAGAGCUAUGUACGAGGACGGCACACCUCGGCGAAGAUGCCGAUAAUCGCGUCAGGCGAUGACAUCUGCUCGCCGAUUAAGUCAAGUAAGUCAAGUCAGCUAAGUGAUGAUGUGGGAGCUGUUCAGGUGAACAUCGAAAAGCAUCUGGGAGAAGCUCUCGGAGCAGACCUGGGGAAUGCUGCACUAGCAGAACUUUAG